ACACGCCUGAAGCGCUUUGUGUCAUGUGAAAGUUCCCUUCAUAUAUCAUCAUCAUCGACACACAGAAACUAUUUAAAUUCUACAGUUAUUUUUUCUUUUCUUCUUCUUUUCUUUACAAACAUUUUUUUUCUCGAAUUUAAACAUGUCUGUUACCAAAGUUCACGCUCGUCAAAUCUUUGAUUCCCGCGGUAACCCUACUGUUGAAGUUGAAGUCACUACUGCAAAGGGAACUUUCCGUGCUGACGUUCCUUCUGGUGCCUCUACUGGUAUCCAUGAAGCACUUGAACUUCGUGAUAAGGUGAAGACUGAAUAUUGUGGAAAAGGUGUUUUGAAGGCUGUUGAAAACGUCAACAAGACUAUUGGCCCUGCUCUUGUCGAGUCUGGAUUGAGUGUUGUCGAUCAAAAGGCAAUUGAUCAAUUCCUUCUUGAUUUAGAUGGUACACCAAACAAGAGCAAACUCGGUGCUAAUGCUAUUUUGGGUGUCUCCCUUGCUGUUGCCAAAGCUGGCGCUGCUGAAAAGGAAGUGCCUCUGUAUGUUCACUUUGCUGACUUGGCUGGUUCCAAGAAGCCAUUCGUCUUGCCCGUUCCUUCAUUCAAUGUCAUUAACGGUGGUUCCCACGCUGGUAACAAAUUGGCUAUGCAAGAAUUCAUGAUCAUGCCCACGGGUGCUUCCUCAUUUGCUGAAGCCAUGAAGAUUGGUACCGAAGUCUAUCACACAUUAAAGAGCGUUAUCAAGGAAAAGUAUGGUCAAGAUGCUACCAACGUUGGUGAUGAAGGUGGAUUUGCUCCCAACAUUCAAGAUAAUGCUGAAGGCCUCGAAUUAUUGGUAACUGCCAUCGAAAAGGCUGGUUAUACAGGCAAGGUCAAGAUUGCCAUGGACUGUGCUGCCAGUGAGUUCUAUGUUGAUGGCAAGUACGAUCUGGACUUCAAGAACCCAAACUCUAACCCUGACGACCGUAUCACUGGUCAGCAACUUUCUGAGCUUUACAAGUCCUUUGCUGAAAAAUACCCAAUCGUUUCUAUUGAAGAUGCUUUCGAACAAGAUGACUGGGAAAACUGGACUCACCUCUUGGAAACCUCAGACUUCCAAUUGGUUGGCGAUGAUUUGACUGUUACCAAUCCUAAGCGUAUUGCUACUGCUAUUGAAAAGAAGGCCUGUAAUGCUCUUUUGUUGAAGGUAAAUCAAAUCGGUACAGUGACUGAAUCUAUCCAAGCCGCCUUGGACUCACAAAAGGCUGGUUGGGGUGUCAUGGUCUCCCACCGUUCUGGUGAGACUGAAGAUACCACAAUCGCUGAUCUUGUCGUUGGUCUUCGUACUGGUCAAAUCAAGACUGGUGCUCCUUGCAGAAGUGAGCGUUUAGCUAAGCUUAACCAAUUGCUUCGUAUUGAAGAACAAUUGGGUUCUAAUGCUAUCUAUGCUGGCGAGAACUUCCGUAAGGCUCACGAAUUGUAAUUAUUUAUGAUAUCCUCUUUCUCCACCCUUUUUGCAUGUUUAUGAUAUCUAUGUAGCAGUGAAAAGUGAUUAUUCUUACUUUUGUCAUAAAUGAAUACCAAAGUAAUAAACGCAUUCUACUUGAAUGAUUCCAAAACAGACUUGCUUGAAAUAGCUUUUCUGCUAGAGCAUAAACUUUAUUGAAUAUUUUAUCAUCCACAUAAUCUAAUGAUAGUGAAACGCUACGAUAAUUAUAUCUGCCCUUUUCUGAGCGAAUACAUAU